CGGAGAUGGCUCAGCAACCCCUGUGGAUCUGGUUCCUUUGCCUGCAAACCUGGUCUGAAGCAGCAGGAACAGGAGCAGAUUCGUCCAUGGUGAAUGGGAUUCUUGGGGAGUCGGUUACUUUCCCCUUAAAUAUUCAAGAGCCACAGAAAGUUAAGAACAUUGCCUGGACUUCUGAAUCAUCCGUUGCUUUUGUACAACCAAGAAAAGGAGCACCACCUAGUGUUAUUGUGACCCAGAACAUUUAUGAAGGACGAAUAGCUGUCAUAGAUCAGAACUAUGACCUAGUCAUCAGAGACCUGAGGAUGAAGGAUGCGGGAACUUACAAAGCAGACAUAAAUGAAGAGAAUACCACCACCACCACCACGAGGCGCUACCACCUCCAUAUCUACCCUCGGCUUGGAAAACCAAAAAUUACACAGAGUUUAAUAACAUCUGCAAACAAUUUUUGUAAUGUCACACUGACAUGCUCUGUGGAGAAAGAAGAAAAAAAUGUGACAUAUACUUGGAGUCCCUCGGGAGAGAAAAGUAAUGUCCUUCAAAUCUUCGAGUCCCCCAAGGAUCAAAACUUGACUUACACAUGUACAGCCCAGAACCCUGUCAGCAACAGCUCUCUCUCUGUCACUGCCCGUCAACUCUGCACAGACAAUCCAAGCGACCACCUUCACCCUGCUAUGUUGCCAAGUGGACUGGCUGCUCUUCUUCUGCUUACUCUCAUUCCAUUUUCAGUAUUUCUAUUCCAUUUAUACAAGAGAAGACAAAAGAGGAUGAACCUGGAAGGUGAUGUCUCAAAGGGAACAAUAUAUGCCGAAGUUUCAAGAAGUGAUCAUCCCACAGAGUCCAAACUCUAUGACGAAAUCCCUGAGUCCAAGGUGAUGUCCCACAAAGAAAAGCCAAUGCACACCAUUUACUGCUCAGUGCAGCUUUCUGAGAAGGUGCAGAAAAACAGCACAAAGGAUGACAGCCCUCCCAAGACUCUGGGUAAUGAAAUUGUCGUCUAGGUGAGCAGGCAGAAUUCUCCCACUGAGAACCGAAGUUACAACCAGUGAUAAGGCAGGUGUCCUGGAGACCUAAACUUCCUUUGGCUAUCCCUUAUCAGUGCAUUGCAAAUCACCACAUCCAAACACACAAUCAGAGCAGGAAACCUGAUGGUGGGCAUUGCUGGUACCCAGAUGGACUUAUGGACACUUGGCCUUACUUUUCAAAUCCUUUCUAUGUGAACGGCAAGAGAUUCCCUAAUAUGAUGCCUCCCAAGCUUCAUAACAUCACAGAACAUAUAAAAGUUAUUUUUAUGGCACACUGGAUGAAAUUAUCAAGAUUGCUCAUGUUUAAAAAAGACUGGAGAUAGCUGGAGGUUUCUCAUGUCUAGAUGUAGCAUCACCAUCCAACAGCUGUGGGGAGAUACCACUCAGUAUUUUGGACACCUAGAACACAUCACAGCAUACCAGCUAGAUAUUCUGUGCAGAUUCCACAUGUGUAAAUAACCCUAAUACAAGGCCUCUACCAGUUGCUACAGUACCUUAAGCAACUUAGGAAAGACAUCCUUGGAGGAUAAGUAACUCCUCAUUUGAAUGCAUGGUAUGGUAAGCGAAGUGUAGGCUACAUGGCAACCCCUACUCAUUCCUCAACUCAGGAACCAUCAUGCAGGACACAACUGCCACUAUUUUUUAGCCCAAAUAUAGGUGGCUGUGCUACCUGGAAAGCUGUGAGUUGUGGCCCUAAGUCAGGCAGAUACAUUCUCUAAGUGUAGCAUUAUAAUAUGAUCUUUCUGUAAGGACUAAGACUGCUGUAGAUCUUCAGAAGCCUCAGAAGAUUUCCUUUCUGGCCAGGCUUUCCUUCCCUGUAUAUUACUUCAGUCAGCAUCAGCAAGAAGACACCAUGCCCAAGAACCUUUCUCUCCAAAAGGAAUUGGCCAACUACAUUGCUGAUGCCCUGGAGAAGUGGGUGCAACUAAGCCAUCAAAACAAGAGAUCUUGAAUAUCGCAGUCAUCCACAUAUUAGGGAACCUGAAAGAUGACAAUGCAGCUGGUAAAACUAGGUUCCUCCCAGCUCCUAUGUUUCAGCUAGCUCAGAGAGGCAUAGGGUUCAAGCUAGGCUUGAGUUCCUUCACCCCAGCACCCCUACAAACUCAAAACCAGCUGACUAGUCACGAGGAAGAAUCCUCUAGCUAAACAGGACAGCAUGUGAUCAUUUGAGGACAUUGUUGUCUUUUGUGUCAAUCAUUACCAGCUAAAUCUCCAUGCCCAUGAACAAUCCCAGGCUGCCCAGCCGGAAUGAGCUAUGUUUAGGUAUAAUAAAAUUGUGUGUCUCACAA